UCUCAAAGAGCGCGCUGGAGUGUCAUCGGGCUGCUGUGAGCCGCGGUGUGUAAUGUCAAUCUUAUCACCUCACACAGGACAGCUCGUAGCAAAGAUGAAGGCGGACUCGGACUCUCUCUGAUCGCUGCAUCCAGUUUUCAUUCAGUAAAACCUUGCCCCAUGUGAAAAGGGCAAAGCAGUGUACUGCAUUUGCCCACUUCUAAUAUGGCGGCGCUCAGCCCGGUUAGAUCGCUGACUGCUAUUUUUUUAUUUGUCACCGGCGGUCUGAUAAGCCGCUCGGACGGCAGAGAAGCGGCGGAGGAGACCGUCAUAAUCGGCCUGCGUCUCGAAGACACCGACGACGUGUCAUUCAUGGACAAAGGCUUCUUGCGCGUUAGCGAGAGAUCGCGCGUGAAGUUGCGGGUCUACGGGCAGAACAUUAACAACGAGACGUGGUCCAAAAUCGCGUUCACGGAGCAGGAGCGCAGCAGCGUGUCCGGAGUCGCAGACGGUCCACCCGGUUACAGCCAAGCGGACGCUGCUGCCUACCAGCCUUGUGGCAUCCGAUCGUCCGAUAUCAUCAUUCUCCCCAACGUGGAUGUGAGCCGAUCGACGUCCGGCGUCAUCGAGAUAGAAGUAAAACCCCUGCGCAAAACAGAGAAGAGCAAGGUGUACCACAUGUGCGUUGCCGCACCAGCACCUGCUGCCGGCGGUGUGAACGACGCGUGGUCUGAAAACACCUGGAUCUACCACGAGGGGCAUGACACCAAAAUGCUCGUUGUGGAGGAGAAGAAGUUCUUGCUGCCUUUUUGGCUGCAGGUAAUAUUUAUUGCAAUGCUGUUGUGUUUGUCCGGCAUGUUCAGUGGACUGAAUUUAGGUCUCAUGGCACUCGACCCCAUGGAGCUCAGGAUAGUGCAGAACUGUGGCACAGAGAAGGAAAAAAAUUAUGCAAACAAGAUUGAACCAGUGAGGAGUCAAGGAAAUUAUCUUCUCUGCUCACUGCUUUUGGGCAACGUACUCGUGAACACCACCUUGACUAUUCUGCUGGAUGAUAUUGCAGGCUCUGGUCUGAUCGCAGUGGUUGUAUCAACCAUUGGUAUUGUAAUAUUUGGAGAAAUUGUGCCACAGGCGAUAUGCUCAAGGCACGGGCUUGCUGUUGGUGCAAACACCCUGAUUUUAACCAAGUUCUUCAUGAUCCUUACUUUUCCUGCAUCAUAUCCUGUCAGUAAACUUUUAGACCACGUGCUGGGACAGGAGAUCGGCACGGUGUACAAUCGAGAGAAGCUCCUUGAGAUGCUCAGGGUUACUGACCCAUACAACGAUUUGGUCAAAGAGGAGCUGAACAUCAUCCAGGGUGCUCUGGAGCUCAGGACUAAGACCGUGGAGGAUGUCAUGACACCUCUGCGUGACUGCUUUAUGAUCGCAGCUGAUGCUGUCCUUGACUUUAACACCAUGUCCGAGAUCAUGGAGAGUGGGUACACGCGCAUCCCUGUGUUUGAGGGGGACAGGUGCAACAUUGUGGACCUCCUCUUUGUCAAAGACCUGGCCUUCGUGGACCCAGAUGACUGCACUCCUCUGAAAACUAUCACAAAAUUCUACAGCCAUCCCCUGCACUUUGUCUUCAAUGACACCAAGCUGGACGCAAUGCUAGAAGAGUUCAAGAAAGGUAAAUCCCACCUGGCCAUUGUGCAGAGAGUGAAUAAUGAAGGCGAAGGAGACCCUUUUUAUGAGGUUUUGGGUAUUGUUACAUUAGAGGACGUCAUUGAGGAGAUCAUUAAGUCUGAGAUUCUAGAUGAGACAGAUCUGUACACUGACAACAAGACAAAAAAGAAGAUAACUCAUCGUGAGAGGAAGCAGGAUUUCUCAGCUUUUAAGCCAACGGACAACGAGCUUGGGGUCAAGAUAUCACCACAGCUUCUACUGGCUACCCUGCGUUUCCUAGCAACUGAAGUAGAGCCAUUUGGCCCAGCUCAAAUGUCAGAGAAAAUCCUUCUGCGUUUGCUGAAGCAUCCCAACGUGAUCCAGGAGCUCAAGUAUGAUGACAAGAACAAGAAAAUGUUAGAGCACUAUCUCUUUCAGAGAAACAAACCUGUUGAUUACUUCAUCCUCAUCCUGCAGGGGAAGGUAGAGGUUGAGGCUGGCAAGGAGGGAAUGAAGUUUAAAGCUGGGCCCUUUUCCUACUAUGGAAUGAUGGCCUUAACGUCAUCACCAGUUCCACUCUCCUUGUCUCGAACCUUCGUUGUCAGCAGGGCAGAGUCUCUUGCAGGAUCUCCAGAGAAUAAGUCACCUCCCCGACCUUUUGGACUGAACCACUCAGACUCUGUGAACCGGAACGAGCGCAUGGAAGCCCUCACUCCCACCCUGGCCAGCAGCAACAACCAGCUCAACGCCUUCCUGCAGAUCUAUGUGCCAGACUACUCUGUCCGAGCGGCCUCCGACUUGCUCUACAUUAAGGUGUCCCGGCAGCAGUAUCAGAACGCCGUCAUGGCGUCCCGCAUGGACAAGACACCUCAGUCUUCGGACAGUGAGUUCACCAAGAUAGAGCUGACUCUGACUGAACACCAGGACGGACCAGGAGUCGAAUCAACCUCACUGCUCAUCCAACAGCAUAACUCAACUAACACACACAAACCCAACCACAUCACACACAUUGAUGGAAAUAUCUAAAGGAGACAGGAAAUGAGGUGAGAGGGCUAAAAUAUUUUCAGCGAGCGAAGUUUGGGAAGCUUUCAUUGGGCAGCUUCUCUGGGAUCAACUGAAUCCUGUGAUUUUUUUUUCCUACACGUAUAGACUUUACAGGGGAUAAGAGGGCAUGGUGAAAUACCACAAUCCACAGGAUGGGAUGUGCUCAAACGGUAGGCAGUGAAUGACCUAGGAACCAGCAGAUGUCACUUCCUCACUCACUCAGCCACGCUCUAUUCAGAAUGCACUCACAUCCAACAGCAGAGAGACACUCGGAAGGCUGUAGCACUGUCCGCUGUCCAUCAUCACUCCGACCCGUAUUUUAACAGAGAGAACGACAGUACCUGCCACAUCACUUCCUGUCAUCAAGGAUUUAUCACAGUCUUCUACCAGAGGUGGCAAUGCAAAGCAAAAGCAAAAAGCAGUGUUAAUGUACAAGUCAACUUUGUAACUGGUAGAUAUCAUUCAGGGACAUGCACAUGCAAGUGCAAAUUAACAGGAGAUUCCUGCAGUGGACUUUAUUCAGCAUUGGUGUAUUUGAGAGGGUGUUGUUAAGAGGAGCAGCGAGAACAAUUUUAAGUCUAGUUUGGCAUUAAUUCCAGUUUUUCUUACCUCAGAUUCAGCACGAAAGCUAUGAGCGCUCUGGAUUGUGUGUAAGCAGAGGAGAGUCUAGACUCCUUAGUAAUUUUGCAUUAUUUACAAAGAAGGAUAACCUUAUAGGAAGUUAAUUGGUUGCUUAACCUUUUUUAUAUGAAAGAAUGUACAUUUGUAGGCUGACCUGAUUUUUGAGUGAUCAUUCACUGAAAUCAGGGAGAUCGAUCACAGUAUCUAAAAACCAAUGCUGCUGCAUUUCAGUCUAAAUUUCCCUGACAAACUGACCUACUUAGUGAUGCUUUCAGCAGUUUGAGAAACAAAGCCUGAAGGGAGAGUGCCAUUUUGUGAUUUUAAUCUAUACAAGGAGCUUUUCAGAGUUUUUAGUCGUGCUAGAUAGAGCGAAUGUACAUGUGACAGAUUAACAAUUGUCAGUCACGAUUAGAGAAAGGUUAAUACCCACAGAAUCAAGUGUUUUCGUUUCUAUGGCAAAGCCCUAACGAUUUUCCACAGAAAUAGAGAGCACUUACCAAAGCACCGAGUCUCUGAUAAUCAACCAUGAAGAUAAACUGCUACACCGUUUUGUGCUUGAGUAACAGCAAAAGAAGGGAUGGAGCAUUAAAUCAUGAUUAACUCUCCAGUGAUGAGGAUGUAGGUGUUCUAUUUCACUGAGCUCAUAGCACUGAAACAUUCAGCUCCUUGUAUCACAUUUAUGACAGAAGUAACAUUCUGUCUGGGUAUUAGACUGUGUGCAUGUAACACGUAUUCAGAUGUGCCAUGUAAAGUAUUUGCAGUACAAAGACAUUCAGUAUGUUUACAUGUGAGGGAUUUUUCCAUGUACCUUACAGUGUCACAUUUUACAGUGAAUAGAGCAAGAGUGUAUGUAUCUCACAUCGUAACUUCAGUUUUUAUAUGAAAAAAUGUUGGACCAUUUUGUUAUCAGUAACCUUUUGGUUUCUAGUGUCUUUAAUCGUGUAAAACUGUGUUUAAAAUGUGAAUUUCUUUUUUUCCCCAGCUUAAACAGUUCUAGUAUUUCUAUGCUGGUUUUUAUGAUUUCACAAUUUCCAUGUACCAUGUGACGUCAUGUUAACAAAGUAACAUGCUAAAAUCUAAUUAUGCUGAGUUCAGCAGUGGGCAUAAGGUACCUUUCCACAGCUUGUGAAACAAAAACAAUCACACGUGUUCCUUUUAUUUGUUUGCACCUCAGUCUGGAAUAUAUUUUAAAGGUAUAUUACUUUCCUUGAUAUUAAGUUCAGUACUUCAGUUCAUACACUGUAAGUGAUGAUUCAGUGUGGAGUGCUCUUUUUGAAUUAUCAGUGGUUAGAACCGGGGUCUCAGUCUUAAGUAUUUAUGUAGCGAUCUGUCAGUGCAAUAGUGUAUCCGUUAUGCAGGGACAAUCAGCAGCAUAACACCCCACAAAACACACACACUGUCAAGUGCCCUUGUGAACAGGAAACAGAAAAUCAGCUGCUAGAUGGUUGAGGACAGGGACCGAUGUGUUAUCAAUGAGACCCAGAACAAAAUAUGAUGAUGUUUCUGAGUUCACUGGGACAAUUUUUUUUUUCUGAAUGAUAAAUUGUUAACACUGAACCAUGUCAUCUGCAUAUUGUAUAAGCGUUAACAAUGCCAUGCACUUGAAACUACGUAAUCUAUUCCAGAAUAUAGGAAAGAAUGUUCUCCUUUUUCUCAGAGGACAACGUUGUGUCUUAAAGACUGUAAAAUUAUCAUGGCCCACCUUAGACAGAACAGAAAUUUUCUUCAGAAAUGUGGUGCUCAGGCAUAUUGUUCGAAUCCACCGUAUAUUGCUGCUAUUCAGAGUUUUGAAUGUCUAAAGAGAUGCUGCAAAGGCAUUGAGAAUAGAAAGUUCUAUUAUAUACUUACAUACUAUCAACAAGAAAAUACUAUAUCUCUAUAUAAAGAAGUUGAAUGUUGCUAUUAUAAAAGAAUUGUUUUGACAAGAAUUUUGCUUGAUUGGUGCAUUUUUUUUUUCUCAAAUACCUCUUUGAUUUAACAAAUACAAGUAACACACUGAAGACUGUGUAUUUUGUAGUACAGAGUAAAACUCAGUGUAUUCUGUGUAUUUUAUGUCUUGUGUUAUUUAACUUGUUUUAGUCGCAUCUACUCUGGAAUUCCACCUGGACUUACCAAAAUAAUGCUGUAGAAUAUCUGGGCCUUCAAGCAUCCCAAAGUUUUCAAUCAGUGUAUUGAUUCUGAAUUUUGGACUAAAUUUUAGAUUUCAUGCUGUUUUUCUGAAUGGCCACCAGGUGGAGAUACAGUGCACACUUAAGAAAAAAAAAUAUUAAUAUUACAAAGUAGCUUAUAAUCAGGUUAUGAUGAUAGCUACUUGAAGUGUCUGUUACUGAACCUGAACAAAUGGCAGUGAUGGGCUUGAAUUUAGUUUAUUUCAAUGUAAGAAACAGCGCGGAUGCUAACCCCACUACUAGCCCUGACGUUAACUUUCUGAAAUCUUUAUACAAAUUGGGUUGUGCGAAUAAUCACAAAUUUGUAAAAGUGAGGCCAUGUUCAAAAAUGAAAAAAACAAAACCCAUCAUUUCUUUCAUUCACUGCAAGUUCAUUUACUGUGAGUUUAUUGUGCUGAGGAGAAUUCAACAGGUUUCCACUAUAUAUAAUUGUAUUAAUUUUUUAAGGUAGGAUUAUUUUCCAGAAAGAUACACAAUUCUGCCAGGAAUCAAAACAAAGUAUUAAAAAAACUGCAAAGUCAAAUAGCUUUGGAAACUAACAUGUAAUUGUAUCAGGGCUAUGAAUGUACGUAAAUCAAUUAUUUGAUUUAUUUUGCUAUUGCCAGGUUAC